ACUCGGAGUCUCUGUUUCCUCAGGCGGGCUCUCUUUAUUCUUCUCAGAGACUCGAAGUGCGCAGAGAGGAGGAACAUGUCCGCCAUGCAGCUGCUGCGGGUGUCGGUACAUGAGCGGAUCAGCGCUGCCGCUGAAGACUUCCUGCUGCAGGUGGAGAAAGGAGGAGGAAAGCAUCAAGUCCCGGCGCUACGAGCGAUGCUAACUGAGCGGCUAAUGGCGGCGGCUGAGAUGAUCCUCGCGGGGCUCGAGGAAACCUUGGCAAAGUACGACGACCUAGUGGAGCAGUCCGAGCGGGAGAUCUGUCGCCAGAGGAUGCUGCUCGAUGCAUUGAUGCAGCCCGUCGUCCGGCUGCACAGAGCAGUGUGUCCUGCAGAUGUCCAUCAACUGAUGGUGAAUAAAGAAGCGGUUACCCCUGAGCAGCAGCAGGGGAGCCCCCUUCUGGUCAAGGAGGACCCAGAGCCCCCCUACAUUAAAGAAGAACAGGAGGAACCGUGGACCGAUUGGGAUGGACAGCAACUUCAAGGACUGGAAGAGGUUGAUAUCAAUUUCACAUUGACUCCUGUCGCUGUGAAGAGUGAAGAAGAUGAAGAGGAACUUAAAUCGUCAAAGCUUCAUCCGAGUGAGACGACGGAGACGACGGAGACCAGAGUGAACCUAAGGGGCAAUCUUGAGAAAGACAAACCAUUUAGUUGUUCUGAGUGCGGUAAAAGAUUUAACACAAAGGGCAAUCUAAAUACACAUAUGAGGCGUCAUACAGGAGAGAAGCCAUUUAGUUGCUCUGAGUGUGGUAAAAGAUUUAACACAAAGGGCAAUCUAAAUACACAUAUGAGGCGUCAUACAGGAGAGAAGCCAUUUAGUUGCUCUGAGUGUGGUAAAAGAUUUAACACAAAGGGCAAUCUAAAUACACAUAUGAUGCGUCAUAAAGGAGAGAAGCCAUUUAGUUGCUCUGAGUGUGGUAUAGGAUUUAACACAAAGGGCAAUCUGAAUACACAUAUGAUGCGUCAUAAAGGAGAGAAGCCAUUUAGUUGCUCUGAGUGUGGUAUAGGAUUUAACACAAAGGGCAAUCUAAAUGCACAUAUGAGGUGUCAUACAGGAGAGAAACCAUUAAGUUGCUCUGAGUGUGGUAAAGAAUUUAACACAAAGGGCAAUCUAAAUACACACAUGAGGCGUCAUACAGGAGAGAAACCAUUUAGUUGCUCUGAGUGUGGUAAAAGAUUUACCGUAAUGGGCGAUGUAAGUAAACACAUGAAGCGUCAUACAGGAGAGAAACCGUUUAGUUGCUCUGAGUGUGGUAACAGAUAUACGGAAAGGUCAAGUCUAAAUAGACACAUGACGCUUCAUACAGGAGAGAAGCCAUUUAGUUGCUCUGAGUGUGGUAAAGGAUUUAAUCUAAGGCGCAUUCUAAAUAAACAUAUGAGGAGUCAUACAGAAGAGAAACCGUUUACUUGCUCUGAGUGUGGUAAAGGAUUUAACUUAAGGCGCAUUCUAAAUAAACAUAUGAGGAGUCAUUAGGGUUGCAAAAUUCCGGGAAUAUUUGCAACCCUAGGAGUCACACAGGAGAGAAAUUGUGUAGUUGCUCUGACUGGUAAAAGAUUUAAGAUACAGUCCUAAUGUACGAGACGUGAGGAUUCAUAAAGGACAGAAAUGAUUCAGUUGCAACCUUUUGAAACAAAAUAUUUUUUAGGAUUUAUCAGCAGAUAUUCAUAUUAUACAUAUUCAUAGUUCACUGAUUUAAAUAGACUAGAAACUGUUUUUAUUUCCCUAGAAAAUAUAACUCAUUAAAUAACACGAAAGAUUUGUGUUUAUAUAUCUUGUUUCUACUGAUUUCUACAUAAUUUAUCUAUUUUUCAUAAUGUCCUUCAUGUCAUUUUAAGGUUAUAGUGUGUUGCUUGCACUGUAUGAAUGUGUGUUCUUAACUAGUUCAUAUGAUUAAAUAUGUUAGUUUUAAAUCAAUGGUUUCUUGGUUCGUGAGAUUCAAUCACAGUGUGUGCUCUCCUUUAUGUAUUGAAUGUCUUUCCAAGAAUAAAAGUCUAAUAAAAAGAUA